AGUGCAAGAAUGGGUCCAUCUGACAUAACACUUUCAACGGUUAAUAAUACACAAGUGUGUGCAUCAAUCGAUGACUUUCGUAACCAAGUCUAUUCAACGGCAUAUUCUAUAAUCACCGUUUUAGGGCUGAUAGGCAAUGGCUUCGCUUUGUACGUGCUCCUUCGUACCUACCGUCAGAAAUCAUCUUUCCACAUCUACAUGCUCAACUUGGCUGUGUCAGACCUGUUGUGUGUCAGCACUCUGCCACUACGGGUGCUUUACUACGUCAACAAAGGGCAGUGGAACCUGGGGGACUUUCUCUGCCGUUUGAGUUCCUAUGCACUGUAUGUCAAUCUCUACUGCAGCGUCUUCUUCAUGAUGGCAAUGAGUUUUACUCGCUUUCUAGCAAUCGUGUUCCCGGUGCAGAACCUGAGGCUAGCCACCGAGAAGAAGGCAUGGAUAGUUUGUGUGUGCAUUUGGGUCUUCAUUUGCACCACCAGUUCACCCUUCCUCCUCUCCGGACAGCAUACUGAUCCAAAGUCUAACAAAACAAAAUGUUUUGAACCACCAGAAACGCCCAAAAGCCUGGAUAAACUUAUCAUGCUGAAUUACUUUUCCCUGGUUGUGGGUUUUAUUAUUCCCUUCCUGGUCAUCUUGCUGUGUUACGCUGGCAUCUUGCGCACUCUACUUAGAAACACUAACAGUGCUAACAAGCAGCGUUACACUCGUGACAAAGCCAUUCGGAUGAUUAUUGUGGUGAUGCUGGCUUUCUUGGUUAGUUUCAUGCCCUAUCAUAUACAACGCACAGUGCAUCUCCACUUUAAAAACCGUGAAAAUGCUAACUGCAAAGAUACUAUCUACAUGCAGAAGUCUGUGGUCAUCACCCUCUGCCUCGCUGCUGCUAACUCAUGCUUUGACCCAAUGCUCUACUUUUUCUCUGGAGAGAACUUUCGUCAUCGACUAUCGACCUUCCGAAGGGUUUCUGGAAACUUAAUUGGAACUCACAAAGGCCGCCGUGCCGUCCAAAGCUCCCCACCUGUGGAGGAGAGUGAAUUGCAAAACUGCAAUGGUUCAAACAAACUUGGCUAGAGGCAAUGGAAAUGCUGAAUCUCUGUCAAGGCAAAAGCAUAUUUAUUGAGACAAAAUAAAAGUUAUUCAUUCAAAGUAGUAUUAAGAAAAAGAAGAAAAAGAAGAAGAGGUUCUUCUGUACUACAUUUGAGUAUUAAGACUGUAAAACAGAACUCUAGAUCUUAUGUAUGGUUCUGAUUACAACAAGCAAGAAAAUAUACAUAUCAAGAAUUUUGAGAAUACAUUUGCCAUUAAAAACAUACACUAGAAAUAUAGACAUUUUUAAAACACAUUUCAUAAUACGUAUAACUGAACCCCAUAGUAAGUGUUUAUUGGAUUAACUUACAGAUUAAAUCUGUAUUUGUUAAUUAUUGAUUUCAGAAGACACAUUAACACAAACAUCAUAUAAACAGACUGCAUUCUGCAUACUGUAUUCAUUGUGAAAUAUAU